GAAGCUGCUUCACUGUCUCUGAGACUUCACUCUCUCUUCUCUCUCUAGAAUGAUUUGCAUGAUCACACAAUGAUUAGCUUGAGGAAGUCUUAUGAUUACUAGAAUUUACUUCAGAUUAAAGUCUUAUGAUUACUAGAAUUUACUUCAGAUUACUGUGUACUUGAUUCUCUGUUUUUCUUUUUGUGGGCUUCAGAGAUUGAGCAAAAACCCAGAAGCUUUAACUUCUUUGGCGAGUCAUUUUCCUAUUCUGCUCAAUAUUUGCCACACUAAACCAGCCUUGUGCAAUAUAUAUUUGCUGAAGUCCUUUCUUGAUUUCAAGUUUCAACCAUGAAGCGAUUCAGUUCCUCAGAUUCAUUAGCUGCUUUAGUCUCUACUUCUUCUUCCAAAGAGGAGAAGACUCAAAACCAAACCCAGGGAUACACUAAAGAGUUUCAGGCAAUGUUAGAUAACCUCGAGGAAGAAGACUACACUGAAGAUGCUACACAUACUGCUGAAAAGAAAAGAAGAUUGACCCUGGAUCAAGUCAAGGCCUUGGAGAAGACUUUUGAGGUGGAAAACAAGCUUGAGCCAGAGAGAAAGCAGAGAUUGGCAGAAGAGUUAGGCCUCCAACCACGACAAGUAGCUAUUUGGUUCCAAAACCGCCGUGCCCGUUGGAAGACUAAACAGUUGGAGAAAGAAUAUGUCGCCCUCAAAGCCAAUUAUGAAGAUUUAAAGCUUAACUACGAUAAUCUUGAAAGACAGAACGAAUCUCUAGUUCUACAGUUAAAGGAAUUGAAAGCAAAGCUCAGGGAAGAAAAUGCAGACAGCAGUAACUCUGUCAAAGAGGAAGAGUGCCCUGUUUCAGUGUCAGAGAACAAUAUUUCAGUGCAGAGUCAGAGCCAUGAAAUCAGUGACAAUGAAAAUUCCAACCCAACCAUCAAGGACCAAAUCAGUGGUUUAUCUUCACACCCAUUAAUGAAUUGGAUUCAGUUAUCAGAAUCAAGAACCAUUUUGGGCAAUGGGUUUCAAGUAUAUCAACCCCAUGUUGUCAAACUGGAAGAGCAAAAUUUGUUCAAUACAGAGGAAUCCUGCAAUUUCUUUUCAGUUGAUCAAGCUCCCACCCUGCACUGGCACUUUCCUGAGCUGUAAAUUCUAGUUUAGGACAUGAAAAAUAUAAUAAACUGGUAUUUGGAGAAAUGGUAGAUUGGGACUUCAUUCUUGCUUCCUUACUGCAAAAAAAGGCUGGAGCAGUGAAGUUAACACAAUUUGCCACUGGUGUAGAGAUCAUAAUGAGCAGUAACCAAUUUAAGUAACUUUCUGUCAAGAACCAAUACCAUAUUAAGCAGCGAUCUUAGCUGCUAUUGGAUUAUAAAGAAGCUAGUAGUUUACUUUGUAA